AUGGCGAACCCUAGUUGUACUUGUCAAAUAUUUCGCCAGACAUGUAUUUUGCACAAACUGGGGGUUGUAUUAAAGCAUCAGCAAGCUUUGUCAUCGACCGUGUCUGCUAGUCAAAACAAGUAUAUGAUGGAAGACAUGUGUCUUGUGACAAAUGAAGUCGAUAAAGUAAUCGCAUCUGCUUCAAAGAAAGACUGCCACUAUAGACCAGGUCGCCUUCAUCGUGCAUUUAGCCUAUUUUUAUUUCGCCAAGCAACAUCUCAGUCUGGCCAACCACACCUGGAACUGCUUCUCCAACAGCGAGCGUCUACAAAACUUACGUUUCCAAACUUGUGGACUAAUACUUGUUGUAGUCACCCACUUGAAAAUCAGCCGCGUGAAACCGAGGAACAUAAAGCCCUGGGCGUGAGACUAGCAGCUCAGCGAAAAGUAAGUAUCCUUUUUAAACGUUAA